ACUUUGAAAUGGGAAACAUUUUUGAAAUCGGAAAAAAUUCAAAAUUCUCGAUUCAAAUUUUUUCUGGUGACAACAUUGUCUAUGUACAGGUCACUGACACACAUGGAAAUCGGCGUGUAUUCCUAAAAAAACAUCUUAAACGAUACGCGUGCACCGAGAAAAAGACGAUGUUUUUGCACGCAUUAUUUUCGACACUGACAACAUGUUCGAAAUUCUUAGAUUCUGAAAAAAAUUUCAAUUUUUUGAAUUUGGUUUUUGAAAGUAAAAAAAAAUAUGUUUCGUACAACAACACAUUAUAAAUAUUGGAUAUUUGAUGAUGAAGAUGAAUUAUAUAGACGUCGUCAAGAAGCUAAUCAUCGUUUUAUUCGUGAUAAUAUCACAUUGAUUAAUGUAAAGCCAGAUGAAGUACCAAAGCAUUUCCUAACGAUGGCCGAAGAAGUUGCUCUGGUUAAUUAUUACCUAAGUUUAUUAAGAGAUUUUUGUCGCCGAUUUAAUCCACCCAUACCCAAAUAUGUUACGAGUACAUCGAUACAAUAUUUCAAACGUUUUUAUCUAAACAAUUCCGUUAUGGAACAUCAUCCAAAACAUUUAAUUGUAACAUGUGUAUAUUUAGCAGCAAAAAUUGAAGAAUUUAAUGUUACAAUGGAUCAAUUUGUUAAAAAUGUUAAAGGUGAUCGUGAAAAAGCAGCUGAAAUUGUAUUGAAUAAUGAACUUUUAUUAUUACAUAAAAUCAAUUAUCAACUGAUAAUUUGGCAUCCAUAUCGUUCGAUUGAAGGAUUUUUAAUCGAUAUCAAGACUCGUUGUAAAUCAUCAUCAUCAAAUCAAGAUCCGGAACGUUAUCGUCAACAUAUCGAUACAUUUAUUGAUCAAUGUUUUCUUACCGAUGCAUUUUUUCUUCUCUGUCCAAAUCAAUUGGCAUUAUUAGCCAUUAUUUAUGCGGCCGAUAAAUUUGGUGAAUCAAUGGAUGAAUAUUUACAGAUAUUAUUUGGCGAUAAUAGUUCAAAUGAAAUCGCGUUUCUUCAUAAAUGGAUGAUAAAGACCAAUGAUUUGAUAAGAAAAAUUGAACAACCAGCCAAAAAUUAUGUCAAACAAAUUGAUUCAAAAUUAGAAUAUAUACAGAAUAAAUUAAUGUCAUUGAAACGAACUGGUUCAUCAUCCAAACGGCCAAUCGAUUCUGAUGAAGAAGAAAUUGAUGAUGAUAAUGAUCAAAUCCAAGAUGAUGAUGAUGAUGAUGUAGUGAUGGAAAAUGAUACAACCACCAUUCCAUAUGAACGCUAUUCAUCACAUUAUCGUUCUGCACAGGAUCGAAAUGAACAAAAUAUUUUGGAACGAUCCAAUAACAAACGUAAUAAAUAAUCGACCACCAUCAAACAACCAGUAUUAUUAUGAAUGCAACAGGUGGUCAAGAAAUUUUUUUACCUGUAAAAUUUGUGAU